UCAGACAUUAGAAAGUCUACAAAAUUUGCAAAGCCAAAGAAUGUCAAGUGUAUACUUCAACAUGAGAUCUCUCUCUAUCUUCUUCCUCCUCUUCUCUCUCACUUGGUUUGGCUAUGCAAGAAGUGAUCCAGAGGAAUAUUGGAAGAGUGUAAUGAAUGGAGAUCCAAUGCCUAAAGCACUUACGGACCUUCUUCAUAAUCAGUACCCAGAUUUUCCUGUAGAAAGGAAUAAAGACAGAUUUCUUCGAGAUUUUGAUUUGAAGCCUAAUAUCAUUAUUUAUCAUAAUGAUGUUGAUAUAUAUCCUAAGAGACCAAGGCCUACUGCUAAGGAUGAUAUUUUUUCAGAAAAUAAAGAAGCAGAAAGGAGAGAACCUGUAAAUCCAGGAAAUUAAUUCUGCUUAUGUCCUUUUUUUUUAGUUAGUUACUUAUAUAUUAAACUUUGUGUUGAUUAAUCUGUUGUCUAGUUGGUAUUUGUGAUUAUACGGUAAUUUUUUUAAUGAGGAUUUUGAGUAUUAGAUGAAAAGGUUACAUUUCAAGGGCUGAACAUACAUAUAAAUCAUCCCAAAAUUA